CCCGUGCAGGGUACGGCGCGCAGCUUCCGGCCGUGCCUGGCGGCCGCCGCCCCCGCCGUCUUUCUCGCAGCCGCCGUGCCCGGCCCGGCCCGGCCAUGCCCCGCUCCGCGCCCCGCCACAUCUCGGUGUUCCCCUCGCCUCAGGAGCUGGGCUCCUCCCUGGCCCAGCUGGUGGCCCAGCGCGCGGCCGAGGCCGGCGGCCGCUUCUCGCUGGGGCUGUCGGGCGGGAGCCUGGUGCGGAUCCUCUCCCAGGAGCUCCCGGCCGCCGCCGGCCCCGCUGCGCCGGCCCGCUGGCUCCUGGCCUUCUGCGACGAGCGCCUGGUGCCGCCCGAGCACCCGGAGAGCACCUUCGGGGCCUACAAGGCCCAGCUGCUGCCGCGGCUGCCCGUGCCCGAGCGACAGGUGCUCGCCGUCACCCACAGCCUGCCCGCGACUGCCGCCGCUGCCGACUACGCCGCCAGGCUCCGAGAGGCUUUUCAGGUUGAGAACCUCCCCAUUUUUGAUUUGCUGAUUUUAGGAGUAGGGCCAGAUGGUCACACUUGCUCCCUCUUUCCAUAUCAUCCCCUUUUACAGGAGAAAGAGAAAAUUGUUGCUGCUAUUACUGAUUCUCCAAAGCCCCCACCAGAGCGGAUAACACUAACUCUACCUGUGCUUAAUGCAGCACGAACUGUUGUGUUUGUUGCUACAGGGGAAGGUAAAGCUGCUGUUUUAAAGCGCAUUUUGGAAGGUGAUGAGGAAAAGCCCCUUCCCGCUGCUCUUGUUCAACCUCAUGCUGGGCAGCUGCACUGGUUCCUGGAUGAGUCUGCAGCCAAGGAACUGACUGUUCCCUUUGAGAAACAUUCAAUCUUGUAGAACCAAAUGUUUGACCAGGUUUCCUGGUAGGAAUCUGGCAGCGGUAAAUGCAGUACCUGCACAGAUCAAGGACUCCACAUUUGGUUGUAGUACUUGGGGGUGGCACAAAACUAAUGUUAUCUUUUGUUUCUUUUUCUUUUUCUUUGUUUUUCCACUCCACAAGUGGUAUUUUGUGGAGCACUGUGUAAUAAUCUCUUUGGCUUGGUAUGGACAUAUGCAUCUGGUUUCUAGUUGCAAAUGGAUAGGCUUGGAAUUGCACAAGGUAACAAUAUAAUGCAGUCUGUUUUGUGGAUGGUCGCUGUGAUGUCAAGUGAAUGUACAAUAUUAAAGAUACAAAUUUCA